GUCUUCACAUCUGGCAUCGCUGCAUCAUUGUGCCGGUAAAAAGUUUGAUGUUUUGCUCUCGAAACAAUCUCAUUUUCUGAAUUAGAUUUCAUAAAUAAACGAAAAGUGACUAAAAUUUUGUGAAUAUUUUGUCGAAAGACAGAGCCACAGGAAACAUAAGAGAAUUGUAACAUUUGAAUGAUCAAUAUAUACAAAGCAGGCGGAAGCGUGUCCAGCAUAAACCGGAACAACGUAGUUAAAGCAGCUUUUAUCGUUCGCAGAAUGGCAGGUGCAACUCUGGCUGUUGUUGUCGAAAAAUUGAACGAAUUUGCUCCUGAGAAUUUAGCCGAGAAAUGGGAUAACGUAGGGCUAUUGAUCGAACCGUAUACCAAAAGAAAUAUCAAUAAAAUUUUAUUAACCAAUGAUCUAACGGAAAAUGUGAUGAGUGAAGCAUUGGCAAGAAAUGCUGAUAUGAUUAUUUCAUACCAUCCACCAAUCUUCGCUCCGUUAAAGAGGAUUACACAGAAAUCGUGGAAAGAGCGUAUCGUCUCGGUUUGCUUGGAGAACAAAAUAGCCCUUUACUCGCCACAUAGCAGUUGGGACAGUGUUACUAACGGAGUAAACGACUGGCUUGCUGCCUCAUUACCGCUAGCUAGUGCGCAGCCCAUUUUGGAAAAUCUCUCUAAUCCAUCGUAUGGAGCAGGGAGGAUUUGUGUGACUCAGGGUGAAUUGACACUUGGCGCGGCCGUUGAUCGAAUUAAAGCAUACACCAAAUUAAACGAUCUUAAAUUAGCUUUGGCAGUGAAUAGGAAUCUAGACAGUCCCAUUCGAACAUUUGCUGUUUGUGCUGGAUCUGGCACAAGUGUAUUGAAAGGUGUUAAAGCUGAUCUUUACAUAACAGGAGAAAUGUUUCACCAUGAUGUGCUGGAUGCGAACCAUCAGAACAUUCAUGUUAUUCUGUUGAAUCAUAGCAACUCGGAGCGAGGUUACUUACCAAUAUUUCGUCAGAUUCUAAUUAACAUGCUGAAAGAAUAUCAGGGUAUACAGAUCGAUAUUUCAGAGCAAGAUGUCGAUCCGCUUCAAACUUACUGAUUUCCGGUUUACCACUGGUAACCCUUACAGCAGGGCUCUGGACAAUUGCGUCAAUCACAGCAACUGUCUUCGUUGCAAUUGUCCAGUGCUUUCACCAGUGGCCAUCGCCUCACCAUCCCCCCAGUCAACACCCAUCGUCAACUAUCUGUCAAACAGAAGCGAGUCGUAUGCAGUAACAAGAAGCGAAAAUCUAAAUAAUUUAAUAAGGUUUCGACAAAAGAGACAUAACAACCGAUAAAUAUACUAAAAACGAGCUAUUACAGGCAAUGCAUUUAGAAUAAUCACAUACCGAAAGUGAUGGAAGAAAAAAAUCCCAUGUGGCCAUAACGAUUAAUAUGUAUUACAUAUCUUUAAGUAUGAAUGUGCAUCUUUCUUUCGUCGUAAUAUUCAGAACCAUUAUAGAUAUAAUAUGGCAAAUUAUAGACCAAUAAAUACAUUGAUUCGAAUUCGCUCGCACCGCUGAAAAGUAACACCUGGGGGAAAGUCAGGCAAUAUGAGCACCCUAAAGUUGAAGGUUAAUAUACCUAUCUAUAAAAAAACAAAUAAAUAAUCCCAAAUUUUGCUCUAAUGUUAGAAUGUAACAUAUUCGCAUUCAUAUCAAGUGUGCUCAUGAAAUUUCAAAAACUUUGAAAAUAAUCGGUGUAUGUAAUUACACACUUUUGGCUUACUAUUUGAACUUGUGUGUUAAUAUAACCAAGUCGUAUAAAAGUUACAUUUCAUAACUAAAUUUGUAUCACUAAUUUUACUAAGAAUGUUAUCUGUCAUUCAUGUAAUAGUUUUAAACAGCAUUUUAGGAAGUAUUAGAUGCAGAAUUCCAUCUUAUUUAAAUGAUUUAUGUGUGAGUACUUUUCUCGAGCGAAUAUUAUUAUACGCACGUAUAAUAUACGGCGCAAAAUGCCUUAUAAGGAUAACUUUUGGGAGUUUAAGGUUGCACAGAGAAAGCGCAAAAUUCGCAAACGAAAAAAGCAGUUUUUUUCCACACCGUAUGUCAGAUCUUCAUAAAAAUCAAUCAGCAGUACUGUAAC